UCCCCAACCUGCCUUACAAAAUGACUAAUUUUUGGAUUCUGACUGUAGUGUCCAGUCUGUGUGUGGUUACAGCACAAGCAAAUCGUUGUCCUCCUACAGACGAUGACCGUUGGAAGGAGUUUCGAGAUUCCUGUUAUUUUUUCAGUGAAAGGUCGACAACAUGGCGGUCGGCAAAGGAAUCCUGUUCAGAAAACGGAAGCCAUCUUGUUGAUAUUUUGUCCUGGGAAGAGAACGAAUGGAUCCACCAAAGACUGAAUAGCUAUCGCUAUUAUGAAGACUAUUACAUCGGAGCAACAGACCAGCAACAUGAGGGAUUAUUUAUUUGGACCAACAGCGGGGAUGCACUGGAAUAUGGAAACUGGAAUGAUGGUGAACCUAAUCAGCACCUCGGAACACCGGAAAACUGUGCUGAAAUUGAUACACGGAGCGGUAGAUGGAAUGACAUCCCUUGUGACAUAGUUAUGCGUUUCAUUUGUAAACGUCCGAUAACAAGGAAGUAGUCAAUAUCAUCAACGUCAUAGUAUUAUAGAUAUUGUGUUAAUUUGAAAAAACGAUUUUAUUUUAUUUGUAGAUUUUUCUUCAAUAAAUAUUUGACUUUGACA